AUGAAACCGCAACAUUUUCACCGUGUGUACACCUUUGAUUCACAGAAAGUGCCUCAAGCCGAGACCAACAAAAGUCCACAUUUGGCCAAUGAGUCGCACAGUUGCGCUGAUCCCAACUGUUUGGCUGAAAUGAAACGCCUUCAAAUGGAAACCCAACAACUACGAGAAAAAUUGGCCGAACUACAAUGGCGGAAAAUUGAAGCGAUACAGAACAAAACAUCCCAAACAUCAGUACUCUCGAAGAACUCGAGACAGCAAUCCGCAGUGGAUUUCGCGGAAAACGAGACAGUGGAUAACAAGACAAUCAUCAAUGAAACCGAAAUCCCCAGGUCCGACAGUUCACGUGCGAAAAGUGACAGAAAACCUGCCAAAGCAAGCAGUGCCCGAGGAAGUAUUCGAUCGUCGUCGAGGGAGCGAAGUAGGCUUUGGGAUAUCUACUCCAAGGUAGCUGUAAUUCCGAUUGAAACAGAUACAACUCCACUGAAAUAUUCCUGUGGAACUCAUCAUCUUGAAAAGCCCGUAAAACUAUCCGCGGACAAAGAUUCCAAAUUUGUUAUCAUUCCACGUUUGACAGCUUCGCCAAAGCGAAGACAACCAAUACUAGAAACCACAUCCCUGACCGUACUUGAUCCAACCAUAGUGCCGCAUUCGCCUAGACUGACAAGCAAAAGCCCCUACGCGUAUGGGGAACGACUGCUCAACUCACCGAAGAAGGAACGCGUGAAAAACGUAACUCCAACAGGAUCCCACAGUUCAAUUCGACAACCACAGCUAACUGUGAGUCCCAAAGACACUGUCAAGCCAGGCCCGAGAGUCCGCGUUCAGGAUCACAACGAAAUCCCAGAUAAUCCUAGCCGUUAUAAGCUAGAACCAUCUGUCGCGCGUGUGGAAGAUCAGCACACUGAUCGACCUAUCGAACCGAAGCGGCAGAGACGAGACCAGAUGAGUGAACUGGGCCCGGUUGAACUCAAAGUAACCACCACCACCACUAACACUAGUAUGCGAGAUCCGAGAGAAAAACAAUCCGAGGUGAAAAAGUUGCGUGAGCUUCGAUUCGAGAAGACAGAAUCCCAUUUGGAAAGAGUUUCUCGACCUGCGUAUGCAUCCACUUCCACGACAGAUGAUUGUAAUCCCCAGGAUCAAACAAAUACUUCCAAACUCUCUACUGCGCAAACCUUAGUUGAGAAGGAAUCUGUUUUGUAG